GGGCCCACUCUCAGCGUCCACCAGACCCUCCUGAAUGUCGGUAGUAGGUUCGGAGUACGGCGGAUCUAGCUAUGGAAGAUCGGAACCCCGCCCAGACAAACCCCUCGUCGUCAAAUGUCUGUACGAGGAAAGAGGCGGCAAGAAGAUAUCCUACCCCUCCGCGAGGAUAUGCUCCUUCGACAAUCUGCGCAAACAGGUAGAGAAGACGUAUCAAUUGAACGCUACCCCCUUUACUAUUGCAUACAUCGAUGACGACACGGAGACUGUCCCCAUUACGAACGAAGCCGACCUGACGGAAGCCAUCAACUACUUCAAGGUCGGCGACGAUGCCCCCUCUUCAUCUGCCGGCUCCAUUCUGUCUGGUCGGAGCUUCCGACAGUCCAGGAUCACCCUCAAGGUCAACAUCCUUGUCGACUAUGACGGCAUCAGUCUGUCCGACACUGGGUCCCUCGUCAGUCUGGAAGAAUACAGAAAUAGGAACGGCAGCGGUUUCUCGCUCUCACACUCUUCCAUACCCCCGCGGGAGAUGGAGGACGAUGCUAUGACCGUGAGCUCCAAGGAUGUUGGCUCCAAGUACGAGGCGUUGCUGGCCAAGGGUUCAAGGACCAUCGUCGCGGGCCCAAGUCGAGAACCGCUUAUUGACCCCACGGAAAACUGGGAAGUCGCCACGAUCUCCAGCGCCCCGCGCACGACCAGCUCGAAGCAGAGCCGAAGCUUUAUCUCUCCUGAGAGCGCGCUUGCACGCUAUCCCGAGGAUCCGUCUUCUGUGUUCGCGCUCCUGAAGAUGGAAGAGGAACGGCGCGGUCUAUCGCCUGGCCAUCUCAACGGCGCAUCGACUUUCGAGACAGAACGAGGCGCGAACUGGCUGCGGGAGCAAAGUUCACAUCUCACGACCCUAAAUGGAGAUAAUAUGUCCAUGAGCGAGUUCUCCCUCGAAGACAACUUGUCCCUGGAACUGGAGAAGAACCAACACGGGAACUACCGGUACACGCUCACUGGGAGUAGCGGGUCUGUCGCUUCGCACGGCGCGCGCGACUACGGGAUGGACGACAGUUUCAGCGCGGUCGUCAAUGACGCAUUCGAAAGCGUCGCGGACCCAGCCGAGAAGAUGGGAGACAGUCGUCCUACUUCGAUGCAGACCACUCAGUUCACCCAUCCGAACCGGGUGUCGAACCCGUUCUUGGGUCCAGGCGAGGAACAAUCGGUCGCGUCCGACUUCAUUCAUCCCGACAUUCCCCCAGAGGUCCUUUCUUUCCUAAAGCCCGAAGCUCCCCUCGCGCCUCCCUCCCAUCCCACGAACUGUUCGAAGUGCGGCGUAUGGCUCGACAUGAUCAAGUACGUAUGUUCGACAUGUGGCGAGAAGAAACCGCCAGGCCCACAAGAGGCAGAGCCCUGGGGUGAUUCCAAGGGCAAGACACGCGCCAUCGACAUCCAACGGGAGGCAUCGUACCCCCCAUUCCACAACAACUCGUCGGCCUCCUCGUGGACGAUCGUCGGCAGCGGAUCCGGAAGCUCCGGGAGUUCGGGCGGCUCCGACCAUCCCUCUCGCUCGAUGUCAGAUAGCACACUCAACUUGAACACCGCGCGGAAGCCGCUCCCUGCAAUUCCGCACAGCCAUUCAAAUGGCAUGAACGGACAUACACGCCCCACAUUACGCGUUCCGGGGAUCCACUACCGCGCACCGCAGGGCUACGAGCUCUGCUCGAACUGCGUGCAAGCGUAUGGCGUGCAGCACUCACUGGAGUUCAGUUCUACGCCCGGAUCGUCUCCGGGGCCGGGGACGUCGCCUGAAGACGCCGAGCGCGCGCUUUCGCGCUGGCGCCGCACUGCGCCUAGCCAGAAGGGCGUGCUGCGCCAUGCCUACAUCGAGAAGAGCUGGACGCACAACGGAUGGGAGGACGUAGAGCAGGGCGGUAAUGGAAGCUGUCGGUGCUCGACGUGCAACACCGUGAUUACGAGCCACCGGUACAAAUGCGCCUCGUGCGACGACUUCAACCUGUGUCGGGCCUGCUACAGGCAGGUCUAUGAGGUCCACCCCGCACACGCAUUCCUGCAAGUUCCAGACCAGCGUAGCAGCUCGUCGUCAAGUUCAGGGAUGAUUGACCAGACACACGCGAUCUCGCUCGAAGAGCCAUCAUUAACGCAUGUAGGCGUGCAUUGUGCACAUUGCAUGCAGGAGAUCGUCGGAGCGCGUUUCCACUGCGCGCAGUGCGAGAACAUCGACAUCUGCCAAAAUUGCGACGCGGCCGGCCUGCCAGGCAACCUCGACUCUCCAGAUGGCGGUCACAUAUCCUCACAUAUCAUGAUCAAGAUUCCCCACCCCAUCCCGACAGCGGAUCUCCAGUCAACGAGCCAGAUGGCAAUCAAGUUGUGGAUGGGCAGGGAUGCCGCGCACGUCCAGGCGGCUAGCCCGAACGGCCAUGCACGGCGCAACUCCCUCGGCUCCGCGUACUCACAUACUGUGCUCGGGUCCGGCGCGCGGGUCGACGCGACCACAGUCGCCGCCGAGCAUGGAAUCGCAUGCGACGGGUGCGCACAGCCCAUUGUGGGGGUGCGCUACCAGUGCGCGAAUUGUUCAUCGUACCCGAAGUCGAUCAGCCUGUGCGAACGAUGUGAAGCACGAUCGUAUGCUCUGCACGAUCCAUGGCAUGUAUUCUUCAAGCUCCCACGACCCGUCGACCGGCCGCUUGUUCUGCAACCCCCGCUACCUCGAUUAUAUAAGACCCCUGCAGGACCGGCUGGCGGGGUAUUCAACCUCGUAGAUCCUAAGGGAUACCUUUUCAACCUCACGCAUCAGUUCGCGGUGUGCGACCGCUGCAUGUCGCACAUCCGCGGCGAGUGGUUCCACUGCGCAUACUGCCCGAAGGACCUGUGCGACAGCUGCGCCGAGGUCGACACGCACGACCCGACGCACCUCUUCGUCGCAUUCAAGUCGAACGUGAACAUGCAGAUUUUCCGCAGGAGAUUCAUGAACGAGGAGGACCCGUCGCGGAGCCCGCCCCUCAUCCCCUUCCCGGUGUACAGCUCGUAG